AGCAUGGCCAACCAGUCGGUCGUGGAUUGUGAGAGCGUUGGAUAGAACCGUAAAAACGGAACGGAAAUCUUAGAAAUAGGAAAAUAGGAACGAAAUGUUUGUGGAGCUGCUGGUGCUGCUGCUGACUGUGGCCCUCGUGUGGGACUAUCUGGCCGGCCGGAAGCACAGCAAGUACUUUGACAGGGCAGGAAUCACGGGACCCCGUAGAUGGCCGCUUGUGGGCAAUGCCCCGAUGAUGAUGAAGGAGACGCCCAAAACUGUGUUCGACUUGCAGUGGCGCCUUAUCAAGACCCAUGGCAAGAACAUACGAAUUCAGAUUCUGCAGGACCGCGGCCUGAUGACGGCGGACCCCAAGAUGAUCGAGGCGAUCAUGAGCAGCCAGCAGACCAUACAGAAGAACAACCUAUACGGCCUGCUGGUCAACUGGCUGGGCGACGGGCUGCUGCUGAGCAAGGGCAAGAAGUGGUUCCGCAGGCGGAAGAUCAUCACGCCCGCGUUCCACUUCAAGAUCCUCGAGCAGUUCGUGGAAGUCUUUGACCAGCAGAGCGCCACCAUGGCCAAGAAUCUGUACGACCGGGCGGAUGGCAAGACCGUGAUCAACAUGUUCCCCGUCGCCUGCCUUUGCGCCAUGGACAUCAUCGCCGAGACGGCCAUGGGCGUCAAGAUCAAUGCCCAGCUGCAGCCCAACUUUCCCUACGUCCAGUCGGUGACCACGGCCUCUGCCAUGCUGGCCGAGCGAUUUACGAAUCCCGCACAGCGUUUGGACAUUUUCAUGCGCCUGUUCUUCCCCGCCGCCUUCGCCAAGCUGAAUGCGAACGUCAAGACGAUGCAGGACUUCACCAACAGCGUGAUCAGCGAGCGGCGUGACCUCUUGCAGAAGUCCAUCGCCGAGGGCACCUACGAGGCGAGCAACGCCACGCCCCUGGACGAUGUGGGUCAGAAGCGGCGCAUGGCCCUGUUGGACGUGCUCCUGCAGUCGUCCAUUGACGGGGCGCCACUCAGCAAUGAGGACAUACGGGAGGAGGUGGACACGUUCAUGUUCGAGGGCCACGACACCACCACCAGCAGCAUUGCCUUCACCAGCUAUCUGCUGGCCCGCCAUCCGGAGGUGCAGGCUCGCGUCUUCCAGGAGCUGCGCGAUGUGCUCGGGGACGACAAGGAUGCCCCCGUAAACAUCCAGCAGCUGGGCGAGCUCAAGUAUCUGGAGUGUGUGAUCAAGGAGUCGCUGCGACUGUUCCCCUCGGUGCCGAUAAUCGGACGCCACAUUGUCGAGGACACACUGCUGGAUGGCAAACUCAUACCCGCCAAGACGGAUGUCAUGAUACUCAUAUACCAUGCCCACCGCGAUCCGGACUACUUCCCCGAGCCGCACAAGUUCGUGCCGGAGCGGUUCAGUCUGGAGCGCAAGGGCGAGAUCAAUCCGUUCGCCUACACGCCCUUCUCUGCGGGUCCGCGCAACUGCAUUGGCCAGAAGUUUGCCAUGCUGGAGAUGAAGAGCACCAUCAGCAAGCUGUUGAGGCACUUCGAGCUGCUGCCCCUAGGCGAGGACGUCCAGCUGGUGCUGAACCUCAUCCUCCGCUCCACCACAGGCAUCAAUGUGGGCAUCAAGCCGCGCGUCUACUGAGUUUUCUCUGCCAUCCUCCCGUUUCCCGUCCCUGGGCUGCUCUGUUUCCUAUUCCCACCGUUUUAAUUAGUUUUUAGGCCGACCGACCGCACUGUAAAUAUUCCAAUCAAAUUAAAUGCUUCACCCACAUACCAUCAC